CUUUUGAUAUGAAAAUACCCCUCAAAAAGUAAAGCGACGUGUGAAGCAGCCUUUUUCGAAGUGGUUAUCGUUGCGUGUAGACCAGCCCCAGCUGUCAAUCGACUGGAAGUUUCACCUCUGGUAUUUCCUGUCUCUCCAGCAAAGUCACUUCCCUGCAAAUCUUUUGGCGAACUUGAGCUCGCAAAUCCCUCAAAUAAAUAUUCAUAAUUCCUCGACAUGGGUAAGAAACAGAAGAUGAAGAAGGCUGCUCAGGUGGCGGCGCAGAUGGCGACCGCCGCCGCGAAGCUGGAAAAGGAGGUGGCUACCAAGGAAAAGCCCACUGAAGACGCCACUCCGGCACCAUGUUGCAGUGGCAAGAAGAAGCAGCCCAAGGAAACGCAACGAAAAGACGCAGCGAAAGGAGUUCAGGAGGAGCUCGCCAAGCUGGAAGACGCCGUGGAUGCCCAGAAGAAGGCUCCUCCAGGCUUUAGCGGUGCCAAGGGCAAGCCCCACAUCAUGGGUCACAUGGACCCGGCGUACCGCAAUAAGAUCAAGAAGCUAAUGAGCCUGGCCCAGCAGCUGCCGCCCAAUGUGUUCGAUCUGCAGAGUCCGCAGAAGGAGAAGCGCACCACCGCCGAGAACUCCAGCGCGGAUGAGGAUGACCGGAGCACGGACAGCGAUGACGCACCCGAUCUGGUGGAAGCUGAUCCAAAGGCGGCCGAACCGGAGGAUCUGGGCCAACUCGGAUCGCUGGCUGUGCGACCCGGCGAUGGACCAAAGCAUACGCGGGGCGAGAAGAAGGCGCGCCGAAUUCUCAUGAAGCUGGACCUGAAGCCCGUCGAGAACGUGGUCCGCGUGACCAUGAAGAAGAGCAAGAACAUGCUGUUGUACAUCAAUCAGCCGGACGUCUUCCGAGUGGCGCACUCGCAGACGUACAUCUUCUUCGGCGAGAUCGGCGUGGAGGACAUCAGCAGCUCGGCAGCCGCCAAGGCGGCCGAGCGAUUCCGUGGCCCCUCGCCUACUGGGGGCCAGGAUGAUAAGGCGGAUGUGAAAGCUCCUGGCGGGCCGUCCGUGGCCGACGAAGACGACGAGGACGAUGGCGACGACGUGGACGUGGACGACCAGGGCUUGGACGUGAAGGACAUCGAACUGGUGCAGAUGCAGGCCGCGUGCUCGCGCAAAAAGGCCAUCCAGGCGCUGCUGAAGAACGACAACGAUGUGGUCAACGCCAUCAUGGCCCUAACUGUGGGCUAAGUCGCUCUGUUGGCUCCUUUGCAUCCAAAUUCUUUUCAACAUUCUUUGAAAUACAUUUCCUUUCCUACGUGUUCAUGCUCAUUGUAAUUAAAUGCUUACAUUCAAAUCGUAAA